GAGGAAUAUCAGUGAACGAGAAAUAUGAGUCAAUGGAUUACGUGAACGUGAACGAGAACGUUUCGUUCACGAACGUAACAUCACUAGAAAGAGGAGAACACGAAACGUCUGUAAUGACAGCAGCGUCAAGUGAAUUAAGUGAAUAAACACAAGCGGCAUUGCGCAGCUGAUAGCAAGAGAGUCAGAUAGAUCCGAGAAGAGAAGAGAAGAGAAGAGAAGAGAAAGGGAUAUCCAAUCGGAUUAACGUUAACUAGGUGGGUUGCCUCGAAAGCGUGGACAAGGCUGUAAACCAGAAAAAACAUGGCGGAUGCUGACCUGGACUUCACAAUAGGUGAUGCUGGUGCCUCUGCUACCUACCCCAUGCAAUGCUCUACCCUGCGCAAAAAUGGUUUUGUGGUGCUAAAAGGUCGACCAUGCAAGAUUGUGGAAAUGUCCACAUCUAAGACAGGCAAACAUGGACAUGCCAAGGUUCACAUGGUGGGCAUUGACAUCUUCUCUGGCAAAAAGUAUGAGGAUAUCUGUCCCUCAACCCACAAUAUGGACGUCCCUAACAUCAAAAGAAUGGACUACCAGCUUAUUGGCAUACAGGAUGGCUACCUGUCUCUGCUCCAGGACAGCGGUGAGGUCAGAGAAGACCUAAAAAUGCCAGAAGGAGACCUGGGCAAAGAGAUAGAAAGCAAGUUUGAUGCCGGUGAGGAAACCCUGAUCACUGUCCUGUCUGCUAUGAAUGAGGAGGCUGCAGUAGCCAUCAAAGCCAUGGCUAAAUAAAACACAGCAGGGGUUGACAAGAUGCAUUGGACCUGGAUAUGAGAGAAUUAGACCUCAGAAAUGCUAUCCUCCCUCCUUUUUUCUUUCUCAUUCUUUCUUUAUUUCUCUCUUUUUCAGUGUGUGUGUGUGUGUUUUAAUAGCCCAUGUGCGUGUUAAAAACUAGAAAAUAAAUUUAAUAAUAAUGUUCCAACCAAUUUUUUGUUUUUUUUUCAAAAACAAAAGUUACAUACAAAAAAUAAAAAAAAAACAGAAAUGGAUGUAUGAACAGUGGGCAGAAGUACCGUAGUGAUGGAUGGCUGGGGUGGGAAAAGGUGUUAUUUUUAUUUUUAUUUUUUUUGGAAGGGUGAGGGAGGGCACCUCAUAACUGUCUUUACUAGCAUGAGUGUCUGUUUUUAUUUUGUCACUUUUUUUUUUUUUUUUUAAGAUAACUACCCCUCAUAUGUUCUUUGCUAACUUAAAUCACAAUGGUAAAUGGCUAUAGCUGUAAACAGCUAUAGUUCUGUUAUGUGGUUAAUUUUAUGAGCAAUUAUAGUGCAAAUGGGAGGAAAAAAAGUGCAGAAUCUCCUGUAAAGGACAGAUACAAAGGCAUAUACAGUUGUGUGUCUUCACUACAGGACCAAGUGGUCUGCUUAACUUCCCGUUUAUCUUCCAGUAGCUUAAAGCAAAAUACCCUUGGCAGGGGGUGACAAUAUCACACAACCUGGUGUAUAUAGAUGGAUGAUUCAGUAAGACCCUCUCCCCCAAUGA